AUGGCUGAACAAAUUGAAAUGCCGCGAGUGAAACUCGGAACCCAAGGGCUUGAGGUAUCAAAGUUAGGUUAUGGUUGUAUGGGGCUUUCAGGUAACUACAAUAAUCCUGUUCCUGACGAGGAAGGAAUUGCGGUGAUCAAAGAGGCAUUUAGUAAAGGCAUUACGUUUUUUGACACAUCCAAUCUUUAUGGUGUGAACUAUGCUAAUGAAUACUUGGUGGGAAAGGCAUUAAAGCAGUUACCUCGAGAAAAGAUUGAGUUAGCUACAAAGUUUGGAGUAGUCGGAAUUACUCCUACUGAAGUUAUAGUGAAAGGUUCACCUGAAUAUGUCCGUUCUUGCUGUGAGGAUAGUCUGAAACGUCUUGGUGUGGAUUAUAUUGAUCUCUACUACAUACAUCGAAUUGAUACGACUGUGCCUAUUGAAGAGACGAUGGGAGAACUUAAAAAGCUUGUCAAUGAAGGUAAAAUAAGAUAUAUUGGGUUAUCUGAAGCUAGCCCGGACACAAUAAGGAGGGCUCAUGCUGUUCAUCCAAUUAGUGCUCUACAAAUAGAAUAUUCCCUUUGGACUCGUGACAUCGAAGAAGAUAUAAUUCCAGUUUGCAGGGAACUUGGAAUCGGAAUAGUUCCAUAUAGUCCAAUAGGCAGAGGGUUUUUUGCUGGAAAGGCCGUAGUGGAAAAGGUGCAUCCAAAUAGUGCAUUGGAACAUCACCCAAGGUUUACUGGAGAGAACUUUGAUAAGAACAAGGCCAUUUAUUUUCGUAUAGAAAAGUUAGCUAAGAAGCAUGGAUGCACUCCUUCUCAACUUGCUAUCGCAUGGGUUCUUCAUCAAGGAGAUGAUGUUGUACCUAUUCCGGGUACAACCAAAAUAAAAAAUCUCCACGAAAAUAUUGGUUCCGUGAAAGUGAAACUUACCAAAGACGAUUUGAAAGAGAUUUGUGAUGCUGUUCCUGUCAAUGAAGUGGCAGGGAUUAAAACUCCUACGGAGGCUCUUGGAAAUUUCACAUUCAGUGUACAGAAUGCUGACCUUAGUUGUACUGAGUGUGUAGAAGGCGGUCCCACGGUACCUAAUCGCUUACGUUGGUCUGACCAUGAUGUAAUCCCUGACGUCAGCCACCGAGACUUAUCAUUUCCUCUAUAUGAACGCGACGAUGGUGGAUUUAACUCACUGCAAGAAGAGCUGUUUGAUCUGAAAAGGGAGAAGAAAGCAAUGGCUGAACAAGUUGAAAUGCCGCGAGUGAAACUCGGAACCCAAGGGCUUGAGGUAUCAAAGUUAGGUUAUGGUUGUAUGGGGCUUACAGGUGGCUACAAUAAUCCUGUUCCUGAUGAGGAAGGAAUUGCGGUAAUCAAAGAGGCAUUUAGUAAAGGCAUUACAUUUUUUGACACAGCAAAUCUUUAUGGUGUGAACUAUGCCAAUGAAUACCUGGUGGGAAAGGCACUAAAGCAGUUACCUCGAGAAAAGAUUGAGUUAGCUACAAAGUUCGGAGUAGCAGGAAUUACUCCUGCUGAAGUUAUAGUGAAAGGUUCACCUGAAUAUGUCCGUUCUUGCUGUGAGGAUAGUUUGAAGCGUCUUGGUGUGGAUUAUAUUGAUCUCUAUUACAUACAUCGAAUCGAUAAGAAUGUGCCUAUUGAAGUAACAAUGGGAGAACUUAAAAAGCUUUUCAAUGAAGGUAAAAUAAGAUAUAUUGGGUUAUCUGAAGCUAGUCCGGACACAAUAAGAAGGGCUCACGCGGUUCAUCCAAUUAGUGCUCUACAAAUCGAAUAUUCCCUUUGGACUCGUGACAUCGAAGAAGAUAUAAUUCCAGUUUGCAGGGAACUUGGGAUCGCAAUAGUUCCAUAUAGUCCAGUAGGCAGAGGAUUUUUUGCUGGGAAGGCUAUAGUGGAAAAAGUGCCUGAAAAUAGUUCAUUGGAACAUCACCCAAGGUUUACAGGAGAGAACCUUGAUAAGAACAAGGCCAUUUAUUUUCGUAUUGAGAAUUUAGCUAAGAAGCAUGGAUGCACUCCUGUUCAACUUGCGCUCGCAUGGGUUCUUCAUCAAGGAGAUGAUGUUGUACCAAUUCCAGGUACGACCAAAAUAAAAAAUCUUCAUGAAAAUAUUGGUGCUCUGAAAGUGAAGCUUACAAAAGAUGAUUUGAAAGAGAUAUCCGAUGCAGUUCCCAUCGAUGAGGUGGCAGGGACCAAAACUCAUAUGGAGGCUCUUGAAAGGAGCUCUUGGAGAUUUGCCCAUACGCCACUGCCAAAAUGA